GCAGAGCGGGGGAGCUUCACAGGUUAGUUACCUACAUCUUUGUCUAUGAAGACCUGAUAUCCUUGAUCUGUGGUGCUGUUCUCAUCUGGUAUUUUGCCAGCAGCUUUGAGAAGAACGUUGGCACUGUGAAGUGUUGCUUCCUCACCGUGGCUUUUGCCGUCCUCUCCGCCCUCCUGUACCUCUUACUCGGGACCGUUGUCUCAAGGGUGUCAGAGGUGGAGGAUGCUGAAGGAUUCAUGCCGGUAGCUUUUGCUACGUUGGGUGUAUCCACCACCCGCUCACGGAUGAAGAGGACACUGGUUUUUGGGUUUAGGAUUCCAGUGGUGCUGGUGCCAUGGUUUUUACUCUGCAUAGCAUGGUUUAUCCCCCACUCUUCUCUCUUGAGUAACCUCUGUGGGCUCCUUGCUGGGGAAGCCUAUGGGCUUGGCUACUGUUUCUGCUUGGAUUUUCCAGAGUCCGUGGGCUCUAAGCUGGACCGAGUGUUCCCUUUCAGUCUGUUAAAGAGGAUACCAGGGCUGAAAUAUAUCCCGGGGUCCUUAGCAGAGAGAAGAGCCUUCAAAAGCAGCGAAAUUAACCCUACUCCAGGGGCCUACCCUACCCAGAGCUACUACUGCUCGCCCCCUCCGGCUCCUCCUGCAUUCCAGAUGCAGCACCCCAACACCCAGAGCUGCGGGUUUCAGCACAGCUACGCACCAGGAUGUGGCCGUGCUGUGGGACACGAGGGAUCUCAGCACAGCCAUGCUGUGGGACACGAGGGAUCUCAGCACAGCCACGCUGCAGAACACAGCCUCCCUUCUCCCCCAUGCCAAGCCAGAGGUGCCCUCGGAGCCUCGCCUGGACACUGCUGCCAGCUGGGCAAAUUCUCUCCUCCACAGCACAUGUACCCGACUGAUCCACAGACACUCGUGGGUGUGGGCCCCUUGGCUGGGGUUCAGCAAGCAUCAGGGUAUCCAGCAGCCACAGUGGCUCCUGUUUCAGAUGAAUUUUUGAGAGUCCAGGUGUACUGA